AUGUCUGCCGACGCUGCCACCGCCCAAACGGCGAACACCACCCUCAAUGAGCCCACCGGCACCGCUGAAGGCGCCAGCAUCGGUGCUGGCGGCGACAAGCCGAUCAACGCCUCGCAGAACGAGGCCGUCAUCGCCAGCGCCGCUGAGGGCAGGAGACUUUACAUUGGAAACCUCGCUUACGCGACCACCGAGGGAGAGUUGAAGGAGUUCUUCAAGGACUACCUUGUCGAAACCACAUCUAUCCCAACCAACCCACGCACGACUCGCCCAGUUGGAUACGCCUUUGUUGACGUAUCCACUCCUUCCGAAGCUGAGCGUGCCAUCAACGAGCUGAACGGCAAGAGCAUCCUCGACCGCAAGGUCUCUGUGCAGCUCGCCCGCAAGCCAGAGCCUGCCGCCGAAGCUGGCCAGGACAAGGCCGAGUCCGGCGAGGGUCAACAGCGUCGCCGCGGAUCGACCCGUGGUCGUGGUCGCGGCCGCGGACGUGGAGGUCGCGCUGCUCGUGGUGGCCGCAACGGACGCAAGGAUGCGAACGGGGAGGAAAUCACCACCAACGGCGGCCCAACUAACGUUCCAGGCCAGGCUGCUCCUCUGACGUCCACCACCAAUGAGGCACUCUCUGGCGAAGCUGGCGAGCCCGGCACCAUCGACGCCAAGGGCGCUGGUAAGACUGACGCGAACCGCCCCCGCAAGCAGCGCGGCCCACCAGAGGAUGGCGUCCCAAGCAAGACGAAGAUCAUGGUUGCCAACCUGCCUUACGAUCUUCGUGAAGAGAAGCUGCUUGAGAUCUUCGCCGACUACUCACCCACCUCCGCCAAGAUUGCCCUCCGCCCGAUCCCCAAGUUCAUGGUCCGCAAGCUUCAGGCCCGCAACGAGCCACGCAAAGGCCGUGGCUUUGGUUUUGUGACGCUCGCUAGUGAGGAGCUGCAACAGAAGGCAUGCAACGACAUGAACGGCAAGGAGAUUGAGGGACGCGAGAUCGCCGUUAAGGUCGCGAUUGAUAGCCCAGGAAAGGAGGACGAUGACCCGAAUGCACCACUCGAGGGCGAGCCAGACGUGGACGCUGAGCCAUCCACCGCUGAGGGCUCCGCCAACGUCAACACUGCUACUGCUUAA